AUGUCUAAGCACAACGCUGUUGGAAUCGAUCUCGGAACCACCUACUCCUGCGUCGGAGUCUUCCAGCAUGGAAAAGUCGAGAUCAUCGCUAACGACCAAGGAAACCGCACGACUCCGUCGUACGUUGCCUUCACUGACACCGAGCGUUUGAUCGGAGACGCUGCCAAGAACCAGGUCGCCAUGAACCCGCACAACACCGUCUUCGGUUAGUUUUUCACUCUUGGUACCUUCUAGAACUUGACAAAUUCCUCUUCUGUUCCGGCAUUAGGGUCUGUAGUUUCUGCCGAUAUAAUUUGAGGAGAAAGCAUAAGGAUAUUACCCUGCUCUGGCGCGUUUUGCGUACUCAGUUUCUUUGUCGUCCUAACAAUUAUUAAAAAUUUAUUCUUUCAGAUGCCAAGCGUCUCAUCGGACGCAAGUUCGACGACCCAGCCGUGCAGUCGGACAUGAAGCACUGGCCAUUCAAGGUCAUUUCUGCCGAGGGAUCCAAGCCAAAGGUCCAGGUCGAAUACAAGGGAGAGUCCAAGAUCUUCACCCCAGAAGAGAUCUCCUCGAUGGUGCUCCUCAAGAUGAAGGAGACCGCUGAGGCCUUCCUUGGAGCGUCGGUCAAGGACGCCGUCGUCACCGUCCCGGCUUACUUCAAUGACUCGCAGCGUCAGGCCACCAAGGACGCCGGAGCCAUCGCUGGACUCAACGUGCUCCGUAUUAUCAACGAGCCGACCGCCGCCGCUAUCGCCUACGGACUCGACAAGAAGGGAUCCGGAGAGCGCAACGUGCUUAUCUUCGAUCUUGGAGGUGGUACCUUCGAUGUGUCCAUCCUCACCAUUGAGGACGGAAUCUUCGAAGUCAAGUCGACCGCCGGAGACACCCAUCUCGGAGGAGAAGACUUCGAUAACCGCAUGGUUAACCAUUUCUGUUCCGAGUUCAAGCGCAAGCACAAGAAGGAUUUGGCCUCAAACCCACGUGCUCUUCGUCGUCUUCGCACUGCUUGCGAGCGCGCCAAGAGAACUCUGUCGUCGUCGUCCCAGGCUUCGAUCGAGAUCGAUUCGCUUUUCGAAGGAAUCGACUUCUACACGAACAUCACCCGUGCCCGUUUUGAGGAGCUGUGCGCUGAUCUCUUCAGAUCCACCAUGGACCCAGUCGAGAAGGCCCUCCGUGACGCCAAGAUGGACAAGAGCCAGGUAAGUAUUCAGAUUUGUUAGUUGGGAGAAAAUUAUACGUUUUUCAGGUCCAUGACAUUGUUCUCGUCGGAGGAUCCACCAGAAUCCCGAAGGUCCAGAAGCUUCUUUCGGAUCUUUUCUCCGGAAAGGAACUGAACAAGUCAAUCAACCCGGAUGAGGCCGUCGCCUACGGAGCUGCUGUCCAGGCCGCCAUUCUCUCCGGAGACAAGUCUGAGGCUGUCCAGGACCUUCUUCUCCUUGACGUCGCCCCACUUUCGCUCGGUAUUGAGACUGCUGGAGGAGUCAUGACUGCUCUCAUCAAGAGAAACACGACCAUCCCGACCAAGACCGCCCAGACCUUCACCACCUACUCUGACAACCAGCCAGGAGUGUUGAUCCAGGUCUACGAGGGAGAGCGUGCCAUGACCAAGGACAACAACCUGCUCGGAAAGUUCGAACUCUCUGGAAUCCCACCGGCGCCACGCGGAGUCCCACAAAUCGAGGUCACCUUCGACAUUGACGCCAACGGAAUCCUCAACGUGUCUGCCACCGACAAGUCGACUGGAAAGCAGAACAAGAUCACCAUCACCAACGACAAGGGGCGUCUGUCGAAGGACGACAUUGAGCGUAUGGUCAACGAGGCCGAGAAGUACAAGGCUGAUGAUGAGGCCCAGAAGGACCGCAUCGGAGCCAAGAACGGACUCGAGUCUUACGCGUUCAACCUCAAGCAGACGAUCGAGGAUGAGAAGGUUAGCUUGUUUACACGAAAGAUGUCUGUAUUCUAAUUUUAAUAAUUUUCAGCUCAAGGACAAGAUCAGCCCUGAGGACAAGAAGAAGGUUGAGGACAAGUGCGACGAGAUUCUCAAGUGGCUCGAAAGCAACCAGACUGCCGAGAAGGAGGAGUUCGAGCACCAACAGAAGGAUCUUGAGCAGCUUGCCAACCCAAUCAUCUCCAAGCUCUACCAGGGUGCCGGUGGAGCCCCAGGAGCAGGAGGAGCUGCCCCAGGAGCCGGAGGAGCUGGAGGACCAACGAUCGAAGAGGUCGACUAA